GCCAAACCGUUCGUGUCGAGUCCAUCGCCACCGUAUGAAAAUGUCGAAGUAUCUAGUGGACAAUACAGUACGAUGUUAUCGGUUACGGUAGCAGUUGGAUGCGGAUUGUUAUUUCUGAACAUUUGCGUAUUCUUCGGCUUAUAUCGACAGUGUGACAAAAACAAACGCUCGAAAAAGAAGUUACAACUUCAGUAUCAAACCUAUGCUUCUAAUCAAGCUUCAAAUCCCGAUCAAUACAACAAUUUGAAUUCACCGGAACCGCUACUUUCCGCGUCUCACAAAGCCGUUCGUGCCGGGGUUUCGCCAUCGUGUCCACGUCAUGGCCGAGCCGUUCUUUCCCUUCAUCCAGGACGAGGAAGUCUCAUAUCAUCAGGCAAUGCUCCGACUCUCGAAGAAAUUCAAGUAUAGCCCUAAAGCUCCCCUCUAGCCUUUUUUUUGCAUCAGAAUUUUCUUGCAUUCUACCCGAAAUUACAAUGAGAAAUGCUCGUUUUUUUUCUAGGUAGUAAUUAUUUUUGAUAGUGUGGAUAUCGAUAGAUUUACCUACACAAAAAUGUAAAUUUUUAUAUCGCUCUUUAUGUUACGAUCUCCUUUCCACAUUGUGCCUGCUGGGUAUUCACGAAUAGUUGACGGCAAUUGUGAAAGUUAUCAGCUUGCAAAUUUUUUUUGAGUCUUUCAACAUUCUCA